UCAUCAUGUCGACAUGACCUAAACACAAUCAAUCGUCAAAAUCGUCUUCUCACGACUGAUCGGUUGUUGUAAGCUUGAAGCAAGAAAUUCUUCGCCCAAAAAACUUCCGUUUGGUACUCGCCUGAAUAGCUCAUGGCUUCUCUAGACACCGAUGUCACCAUGGUUCCGGCUGGCGAGGGUUCAGGCGGAGCCGGACCUUCUUCUUCAACCGCCUCCACUUCUUCGUCAACCAAGAAAGCUAAGCGAUUUGAGAUCAAAAAGUGGAACGCUGUUUCUCUAUGGGCUUGGGAUAUCGUCGUGGAUAAUUGCGCGAUAUGUAGGAAUCAUAUCAUGGAUCUCUGCAUUGAAUGUCAGGCUAAUCAAGCCAGUGCUACCAGUGAGGAAUGCACAGUUGCUUGGGGUGUCUGCAAUCAUGCCUUCCACUUUCACUGUAUUAGCAGAUGGCUCAAAACUCGUCAAGUCUGCCCAUUAGAUAACAGUGAAUGGGAAUUCCAGAAGUAUGGUCAUUAGAAGCUUUCUACUUCAUCUUCAUUCAAUCAUUUAACAAACAACUUUAUUAUUACUAAAAUACUUUAUAUUCAACAUAUCAUAUUAUCAUGUAAUAUUAGGAAUCUCCUUGUUAUUGAGACUUAUUUUAAAUAACUUCUACCA